UUGUUAAACUGGGAUUGAUGGCAGCAUUUAUAAACCCGCACCUCCGUCUGCAUGUUCAGUGUGAUCCUUCAACAUGACGACUGCACGGUUCUUCUUUGGGGCUUCCCUCUGGGCUCUGCUGAUUGUGGACAUGUGCUGUGGCCCUGUCAAGAGAGGCUUUAAUCCCGGUGCAUCCAGUUCUAUGUAUCCAAGAUCAGGCGCUAGUCAGGGAAUGCCUUCCAGCCAGUAUUCAGCUGGAGUCAUGCCUGAGGGUGCUUAUCCUGAGCUGUCUACAUCUGCUGGCUCUGGUUCUUCUACCAGACCUUUUCAGCCCAGGAGCCAGAGAGCGAAGGAGGAUCCUGCAGGCCCAGCACAGUCAGGAGCUGGAUUUCAAUCUGGCUCAGAAGAGAGCAAAUGGCUCAUUGCACCUCCUAUCGUCGAAGAUGAGGAAACCUCUCCACCGGUGUACCAGGCAGGGGAGCUGUCCCAAUUCGAAAGGUCCCUUGAGACUGGCGAUUAUGACUACGAGACUGUGGAAGAAGGCCCCCUGCCGCCACCUUAUUAUGGACCAGAGUAUGAUCACACGCCUCUGGAUGAAUCUCUUGAAGGCUACACCAGCCCACCUCUCCCAGAUGGACGCUGGAUCGCUUAUCCUUACUACGACUACAGGUUCCUGACUGGCCAAUAUCCAACAGGCACAGUCAGUUACUUCAGCGGCAGUUCAGACCAAGGAUCCAACAAAUACAAAGAGGUUCACUAUGUGAGAGAAUCCCCUUCCUCACAGCCAAUCAACUCUCCCAUGGCUAAAACUCCUGAGGUUCCACAGGCUCCAAAGCGACCCAUUUAUUCAGGUAGACCAGCAAGGCAACCAAUUCGCCAUGCAGGUGGUUAUGGGAGCCAAUCUUACAACGUCAAGAUUCGUUAAGAGGUGGAUCCCUCCACAAGAUGUUUCAAAAUUCAAUAAAAGACCUUUCAAAUCUUAA